AUGUCUCUCAGUCGUAUGAAUUGCAUGGUGGGUAGGCCUCGUGUCUUUGUAUUUUCUAUCCAAGCUGUUCGAGAAGCGUCUACUGCUCGGAUACCUCUCAAAGGGGAACUUCAUCCUCCACGGGCAUUUAUGCAGGAUGUAGACAAAGAGUUUUUUGCUCCUGAAUCACUUCCAGAAAUGCCAAAGGAUUACAAAGAGUAUCCGGAACGAGACUUGAAGAAUUUCCCAUAUCCGACACGACGUAUGUAUCCCCCGAAAUCAAGGUUGUUAAUGUUUCCGGACUCAUGGUUCACACCUUUUUACAAACUGACUGGUGUUUCAGGACCUUACAUAUUUUUCGGAGGACUGUUCCUGUUUUUGGUCAACAAAGAAAUAUUUGUCUUUGAUGAUGCAGCUGCUAUAUUAGGAAACUGGAUCCUUUGGUAUCUCUUCAUUUCGAGAAGCUUUGGAUUUAAAGAGCAUUUUCCUACUGCUCUCAAAGAGGCGAUGCAGUUACAGUUGGAAGCUACAUAUCGGAGUAACUUAAUGAAAACGGCGUCAGAAAUGAAACGGCGACUAGAUUACCUUCAAGAAACAGAAGCAGCUCAAAAACGUGUUGAAAGAGCUUACAUGUUAAAUUGGAUAAUUGAUUCGGUCCAUAAAGAAAUUGAGCAAAACAAAGAUGGCAUCAAGGACAAGUAUUUAAAUGGCUGUAUUGACGAAUUAAAAAAUCUUGCGGCGCAUGCUCAUUAA